AUUAAUAAUUGAUUCAAAUUUCAGAUUUCUGUCAUUCAAUAUAUUUGUAUAUAGAUCAUUCCAAUUCUCUCUCUGGCUCUAAUUUCCAAUUCCAGUUUUACUUAAAACUUGAAUGAAAAAAGAAAAACGUUCUGUACAAGGAGCAGUUGCACAGAUUUUCCGAGUCAUAAACGUUCUCUACGGUGUUAUCCAUCCUUUUCGCAAGUUGCUUUUGCCAGUUGCCAAGCACAAAUCCUGGGAUGACAUUAUGUUUUCUAAAAAUUGGGAAAAGAUAACUUGGUGGAGACAGGAUUUUGUUGAAUGAUUUUUUGUUAUUAGCAAAGCAAUGAGCCGUUUGUCAGAGCUUCAGCAGGUUGCCUCAGGUAAAAGAAGAUUAAAAGAUCUAUUGCUCCAAAGUGAUAAUCGCUUUUGCGCUGAUUGUGGUGCUCCAGAUCCAAAAUGGGCAUCAGCAAAUAUUGGGGUUUUCAUAUGCUUAAAAUGCUGUGGUGUACACAGAAGUCUUGGUACACAUAUCUCGAAGGUUUUAUCUGUGACGUUGGAUGAAUGGUCUGAUGAUGAAAUCGAUGCCAUGAUCGAAGUUGGAGGAAACUUGUCUGCUAAUUCAAUUUAUGAGGCCUUUUUACCUGAAGGAGUUUCAAAGCCAGGGCCAAAUUGCAGUAAUGAGGAGCGUACGAGGUUCAUCAGGUCAAAGUAUGAGCUUCAAGAAUUUUUGAAACCUAGUUUGCGGAUCACAUCGGGGAAGACUUCCUCAUCUUCUCUCAAGUCAAGUUUAUCCACAAACCUUUUUGAUAGUUUUCAAAUUCCCAGCGUCUCCCAGAAUUUGGAUGGCAUAGUAGAGUUUAUGGGAAUAUUGAAGGUUAAAGUUAUAAAAGGUACAAAUUUAGCUAUUAGAGAUAUGAUGUCAAGUGAUCCCUAUGUGAUCGUUGCUCUUGGGAAACAGACUGCUCAACCCACCGUGAUGAAGAGCAACUUGAAUCCAGUCUGGAAUGAAGAACUCAUGCUAUCUGUUCCACAGGAUUUUGGGCCCAUAAAGUUGAGCGUUUUUGAUCAUGAUACAUUUUCUGCUGAUGACAUAAUGGGGGAAGCAGAGAUUGACAUCCAGCCAUUGAUCACAUCAGCAAUGGCAUUUGGGGAUCCAGAAAUGUUUGGAAAUAUGCAGAUUGGAAAAUGGCUGAAAUCAAACGACAACGCCCUCAUAGAUGAUAGCAUCAUAAACAUUGUUGACGGGAAGGUGAAACAGGAGAUCUCAUUGAAACUCCAGAAUGUUGAAUCUGGGGAACUACAAGUAGAACUGGAGUGGAUGCCUCUUGACCAGUAAAUAGAAAUCUUAAUCUCCCCUUCCAUUUCAAUAGAAGCCACAUCGAUUGAAAUUAUUAUAUGGAAUGACCAUAUAUUUCACUUCUGUCGACUUAUUCCUUAGUUUAUGUUUCCCCCUCUCAUGUUUCGAUAGUUUUACUUCUAGCUUGUAAGAGGCCAUAGCUUGUUUGUUAACUCCUGACAAUAAAAAGUUUUGAAAUAAGAGGGAGCAACAUGUACAAAAGAGCAUGCACAUUCAUUUUUUGUAAUAUAUCAUGGACUUUAAAGUUUCGUCAACAUUUUUUGUAAUA